AUGGCGAACAACGGAACUGCGAGUCCCCCAAGAAACAGACCUCAGCCCUGCCCGGGGAAGCGGAGAACGCGGAAGUCGAAGCCUCGCGCCACCGUCGGUCGCUGGGCAGCGGGACCCAAGCACGGAGCCCAAGCCCCGCUCCAGCUGCGUCCACCGUCAUCGGCCCGGCCCGGCCCGGCCCGCCAAGACCCACCUGACGCCGGAGUCCCCGGGCGGGCGGGCGGGCGGGCCUGGGCACGGAGCACCUCGGUGCGGCGCGUCGCCGGGGCCAUUGUGACGUGCAGCGCCCGCACGGCCCAGACCGGGCUCAGGCCCGCGGCCCGACCAGCAAGUCGGCCUGCGCGGAGGCGGGAGGCUCGGCUGCACCCAGGGGAGAGGGCCGAGGAGGGAGAGGGAGGGAGGGAGAGAGCCGAGCCGAGCGGACGCGGCCUCGCCCGGCCUGGCGGGAAGCCCACCCGGUCCGACGCCAUCUUCUCUCCCGGCGCGGCGACUCCGACGCGGGAACCGCCCCCGAGCUGGCGCUGGCCCCCGGAGCGGACUGGAGCCGAGGCCCGCCGCCCUGCGACCUCCCUCGGACGAGGCCGGAGCCCGAGCAGAGUCCGAAGCCCGCCGCCACUCACCGGCCCCGGCCUCAGCCUCAGGGUCUCGCAGCCAUUUCCUCGGAGCGGAGCGGAGCGCGGCCGGGCGGGGUGGCGAGGCCACCGAGAGCGACAGACAGAGCGCAGGCUAGAGCGGCGCAGGGUGCGCGCGCAUCUCGAGCCGGGAAGGGGGAAGCGGGGACAGGCCGGCCACCGAGACGGAGACCGACGGCUAGAGCGGCUGCGGGGUGUGCGAGCGAGCGCCCGAAAGAGGGCGACAGGCCACAGAGACGCCACCCGGGCUAGAGCGGCCGCGGCCCGAUUGAGCGGAAAACCCGGAAAACCAGGAGUGAACCUUGGCGCAGGCCCGGUGGGAAGAGGCCCGAGGCCCCAUCCGUACUGCGAGCCUCCGGGCCUCAAAUCGGACCCCGUUGGGGUGGGGGAUCCCCUCAAGGUGGGGACGGGCACAGGGCCCACCCCCGCGGUCGGCAGAGUUGCGGGAUCUGGUCGAUGGACCGUUCAGGAAGCCCAGAAGGCGGGGCAGGAGCUACUGCACAAGCACAGGGCCAGGCUAGAUCAUAGAGAAAUGGAAGAGACUGAGAGGGGACCGAGGCCGACAGCAGCUCCAACCCGCCAGCCACUCUGCCCGUCUUCUGGCCCCUUCACCAACUGCUCCAGCGUGCUGCAUUGGCUUGGGAGUGCGGAGGGAGCUAGAGGUCGAGAGGAAAACAAAACCCCCAUCGAGUCUGGGGAGAUCGCCAACGGCCCCAAGUGCAGCCGACACAGGGCCAGCGCGUGGCGGCCUUCGCCACCGCCGCCACCAUUGCCUCACCCAGCUCGGCCCUCCGUCCGGCCUCCUUACAUCACACACACGCCGCGCGCGCUGCGUCCCACGGAUCACCGCACGCGCCGAGCUCCGGCCGCCGCCGCCUUCUUCUCCUUCGCCUCGGCGGCCAUCUUGCCUCGAGGUCUUUUGACUCUCGCGCCAACCCGUAGCGCCGCGCCGGAAGUGUCGGGCGCGGGCCCGCCCCCACGGCCCUCACGAGAGCUUCUGAUUGGCUGCUUGGCUCAGAAGCGAGAGGGGGAGGAAGAAAAAAAAAAACAGCCGCGCGCUGCGCCCGCCCUCGCGUGCCCCCCCUACCUGACGCCUCAGCCCGCGGCGUCGCGAGUCAAGUGUGUGUGGAUGGAAAAGGCCGCGCAUCCGGCCGCCCGCGCGGGAUCCCGCCCCUCUCCCGGAAAGGGAGCUUCUGAUUGGCUGCUGGCUCGCGGACCCGAGAUCUCGCGAGAGUUGGUUGAGCGAGCAGAGGGGUGGCUGCCGGAGCUGGAGUGUUGA